UAUUUUUUUCAAUCUUCCGUCAUUUGCUCAGGUUUUCUUUUCUAAGAAAAUUCGAAACCCUAGAAAAUCUCUGUUUCUUUCUUCUAUCGAUUACGGUUUUUGAAAAAGUUAUUCGAUUUCAAUGGAGACACUGAAACCGAAAUCGACACUUCGGAGCAAGAGCAAGAUCGCGAGAACUUUCCAGAAGGUUUGCAGCCUGAGAACCACGUCGUCGACGAAGGUUUCGUCCAACAAUGGAAUCGGAAUCUGUAUGCUCACGUCACGGAACCCUGACUUCGACGAUGAGGACGACGACGGAGACUCCGUCUUCGACCUGAAGAGCACGGUGAGCAGCAGGAGCGCCGGAGAGGGCCGUGAGCGCCGGAGAGCGGUGCUCGAGGCGGUCGUGGCGAAGAUAUUCGCGAGCGCGACCGCCAUUAAAGCUGCUUAUGCAGAGCUUCAGAUGGCGCAGCGUCCGUACGACAGCGCCGCGAUUCAAUCGGCGGAUCAAGCGGUGGUCGACGAAUUGAAGGCGUUGUCGGAGUUGAAACGGAGUUUCAUGAAGAAGGAGUUGAAUCUGUCACCUCAGGUAACGAUCAUGCUCGCGGAGAUCCAGGAGCAGCAGAGCAUGAUGAGGACGUACGAGAUCACACUCAAAAAGCUCGAAUCGGAGGUCGCGGAAAGGCAAUCGGAGAUCGAUUCGUUAAAGAAGGAGCUCAACCAAACCGUCGAUUUCAACAAAUCGCUCGAAAAGAAACUCACCGCGAGCGGAUCGAUCUCUCUGUUCGACAACAUCCAUUUCCACAAUUUGAAUUUCAGCCACUUCGUCCAGAUUCUCAGCUAUACACUGAGAUCCGUUCGAAGCUUCGUGAAGGCGAUGAUAAAGGAAAUGGAGUCUGCCCGGUGGGAUAUCGACGCAGCCGCAGCCGCAGCCGCAGCCGCCGGGGCAAACCAUCGUUGCUUCGCCUUCGAAUCGUUCGUCGCCGAAAAAAUGCUGGAGAAUUUCGAUUCCCCGAACUUCUCGCCACUAUAUACCGCCGAGAAACCGAAUCGGGAACAGUUCUUCAACAGAUUCAAAACCCUAAGAUCCGUCGACCCGACCCAGUUCCUGAUCCAGAACCCGGGUUCGUCCUUCGCUAGGUUCACGCGCCGCAAGUACGCGAGUGUAGUGCACGCGAAGAUGGAGUGCUCCCUCUUCGGGAACCUGAACCAGAGGAAGCUCGUGAACUCGGGCGGGUUCCCGGACUCGGGAUUCUUCGCCGGGUUCGCGGAGAUGGCAAAACGGGUCUGGCUCCUGCACUGUGUGGCGUUUUCACUCAGCGAAAACGUCACGGUGUUUCAGCCGAGAAGGGGAUGCAGAUUCUCCGACAUGUACAUGGAGAGCGUGACGUCAGCCGAAGAAUCCAUGAUCGCCGAUGAGAAUUCCGGUUUCCGGGUCGGAUUCACGGUUGUUCCCGGAUUCAAAAUCGGCGAUACCGUGAUUCAGAGCCAGGUUUACUUAUCUCCUGCGAGUUCUUGACCUCAUUUCCCGGCGAAUUGCUCAUGGAAAGAACAAACGGAAAUCACCGGCGGUGGCGCGUGCGAUCACGCUCAGGUGAGUGGUGGCGCGUGGGGGGGACAUGAUUCCUUGGCGGGGGCGGCAGUGACAAGCCUGGCCCGAUGUGAAAGUGGGAUGGCAAAAGCUUAGAUAGCGUGGGGGUGUAUGAUGGUGACACAAAAUGGCGGGGGAGACAAUCAUCAUCGUUGAUAUUAGUAUCAUAUUAUAUCUUUUUAUAAUAAUGUUUUGAAUAUUUUUAUUUUCCAUCCAAAGGAAGGGAAGAUAAUGAAAUAUUCCCAAACCACAGAUAUAAUCCCUUUUCACAUCAAUUCUCACCUCUAAAAAAUACGACCGUUCUACCAUUUUGUUAUACAUCAAUUUUUUACUUGUAUAUUUAGAU